GAAAUCAAUUUUCGCAGCCCCACAACUCUUCCCCUGUUGGAGGAUCCAAAAUCCCUUGAUUGAUCCACCUAUAAUGUGACCGACCAUUCACAAUCAGCACUAGUUGCCAAGACAAAUAAAAAGUUCUCAUGCGUUCUUCGGAUUGAUGAAUAUUAAAUGCAUUAAAGUUAUGUGUCAAUUAAAGCGAGAUUAUCGUUGAAUCGUUUAUUACAAAGAUAUAUGUGUCUUUCAUAAUUGUUGAAGUUUGAUAAGAUAAGAUCUACUUGAUUUGAUUUAGUUUUAAACAAGAAAGCAACUUGCUAUUCUUCCCACGUUUGAGCGUAGAUUGUGCACGCACCACAUCUUCUAUGGUCCUAAACAUUUUGAUCAAGAAACAGGUAAAAGUAGUUUCAAGAAAAGGAACGACAGAAAUUAAAAAAAAAAAAAAGAACUAAAUUCAAAAGAAAGAAAGAGAGAUAGAAAGAAGAUGAAAUAAAGAGCAAGAAAGAUACAUUCCCAGAGAUGUGGCUUCCAAGAGCAAAAGGAAGCCCAAAGGGAAGGCAGGCGGGUGGAAAUGGACUGGUUGCCGUUGCCAUCGACAAAGACAAAUCCAGCCAAUAUGCCAUCAGAUGGACGACUGAUAAUUUGGUCUCUAGGGGCCAAACCGUCAUUCUCAUCCAUGUUGUCAACCCUGCUACAAACAGGCAGCAAUUAGAUAAACACAUCAAAGAUUUGUUCCUCACUUUCCAUUGUUUCUGCACCCGCAAGGAUAUACAUUGCUUGGACAUUGUAGUGGACGACAACAACAUAGGAAAGGGAUUAGCGGAAUACGUUUCCAAAGCAGCGAUCGAGAAUCUGAUUCUUGGGGCGUCCAGGCACAGUUUUCUCAAGAGAUUGAAGGUGACGGAUAUCCCUACUCUAACUUCAAAGGCGGCACCGGAUUUUUGCACCGUUUAUGUAAUUUCAAAGACAAAGAUCUCCUCAGUCAGAAAUGCCUCUCGUCCAGCCCCUUUUGCUUCCCCUCUUUACAACCAAAUUCUUCAGAUACAAGACCAGUCUCACAGCAAUCCUGCGACUCCUGAUUUUCGACCUAAAAAUGUUCCCAGUAUGAGAGGAUUCGAUGAAAAACACCUGAGAUCUUUCAAGUUAGACGAAUGUGAAUCGGUCAGGUCAUCAUUUGAUAGAGGGAGAUGCAUUACGAGGAGGGCGUUUGGGGAGGAGUCAGAUACAGAUUUGUCAUUUGUGAGCUCCGGCAGGCCAAGCAGCGAUCGGAUCUCGUCUGUGUUUAAUGAUGCUGUUGAACCAGGCCGGAUCUCACACGUGUCGUCAAGCUCUGAUGGCAGCUAUGGCUCCGGCCGUCUUGGAAGAGGAAACACUGAUUUAUGUUCCUUUACUGACUUCUCCUCUUCAUCUCUUGAAAAUGACGAUGUGGAUGCUGAGAUGAGACGGCUGAAACUGGAGUUGCAGAAGACCAUGGAUUUGUACAGCACUGCUUGCAAAGAAGCAUUAACUGCUAAGCAAAAGGCCGCAGAGCUCCAGCGGUGGAGGAUAGAAGAGGAGAAGAAGUUUGAAGAGGCUCGACUCAUUGAAGAAGAAGAAGCGAAGAUGGCUGAACACAAUGGAAAAUCCAAAUCAAGUAUGUCAACAGGUACUGAAAGAGCUGGGGCCGAAAAUGAAAACAGCAAUAAUAGGAUCACUUUAAGAUAUAGGAGAUACAAUAUUGAAGACAUAGAAGAAGCAACAGAGCAUUUCUCAGAAUCUAGGAAGAUCGGGGAAGGAGGAUAUGGCCCUGUAUUUAAAUGUUAUCUUGAUCAUACCGUGGUUGCUGUUAAGGUCCUACGCCCUGAUGCUGCUCAAGGAAGGGAACAGUUCCAACAAGAGGUUGAGGUGCUAAGUUGCAUGAGACAUCCUAACAUGGUACUACUUCUUGGAGCCUGCCCAGACUAUGGCUGUCUGGUGUACGAAUAUAUGGCCAAUGGAAGCUUAGAAGACAGACUAAUGAGACGAGGAAAUAGACCUGCACUCUCAUGGCAAGUCAGGUUUAGGAUUGCUGCAGAGAUUGGCACAGGACUCUUGUUUCUCCACCAGACCAAACCGGAACCAAUAGUUCACCGCGACCUCAAACCAGCUAAUAUCUUAUUAGACCAGUACUACGUGAGCAAGAUCAGCGAUGUCGGGUUAUCAAGACUGGUCCCACCUUCAGUAUCUGAAGGUGUGACUCAGUUGCGGAUGACAUCCGCUGCUGGAACAUUUUGCUACAUCGAUCCUGAGUACCAACAGACAGGCAUGCUUGGGGUAAAAUCUGAUGUUUAUUCCUUUGGGAUCGUGCUUCUCCAGCUGCUAACAGGUAAGCCUGCAAUGGGAAUAUCUCAUCACGUUGGACGGGCCAUUGAGAGUGGAACAUUCGCAGACAUGUUAGAUCCUGUUGUGCCUGACUGGCCAGUUGAAGAGGCACUGGUUAUGGCAAAAUGGGCUAUACAGUGUGCCGAGCUGAGGAGAAAGGAUAGACCAGACUUGGGGAAAGAGGUCAUGCCGGAGCUUAAUAGGUUGAGAGAAUUAGCAGAUGAGAGUAUUAGCCAGUUCUUGCUUAAUGGCUUUGCAGUUUUGUCCCCCACACAGAGUCAGGCUUCCAUGGCAACACAAGAAGUAUUAAGCAACUCACAAGUACACUCAGAAAUCAACAAUCCAAUGAGUGUAUCAAACUCAUCAAUGUCAACAGAAAAUCAAUCAGGUACUCAUAUAUAUUAAGAAGCUCAUUUGGCUAAAUUUUUUAUCUAAGAUAUACAUAGCAUAUUUUACUUCUCUAUGUGCUCAUUGAUGGUGCUAUUGAUUUUCAGGACCUGCUCAAUGAUUCAAAGUCAUACAUCUUAGUUAUAUAUUGACUUUAUUGCUUCCAGUUUUGUAUGGUACAGAGGAAAUAGGAGAAUGCUCAAGCUUAGAAUAGCAUUGCAACUGAUAUGAUAUGUACGAAGUAACAUAUAACCAAAUCUCUACAUCAGAAGAUUGGGUAGGGUGUUAGUGUUUUAUAAGAAACAUCUGUGGUAGAGGAAGAAGAAAUAUAACCAAAUGUUUCUUUGAUAAAAAACAUCUUUGGAAGAGGAAGAAGAAAUAUAACACUGAUGUUGAACUUGUACGUAGUAGCUCAGAACAAAUGAUUGGAGCAUGAAUUCGUUGAUUUGUUGUAUCAUUUUUUUUUACUUUUAUGUUUUCAAAAAGCGGCUCUCCACUAUUGGUCUCUCUGCACUUCCCCUUAUUAUAAUUUUGUAACAUUGUCAGUUUGGAACCUUUACCUUUGUAUAAUAUAUAUGUGGUAGAAGGGUCCCCAGAAUUUUGACUCGGGGGAAAUUAAUAUGUAAUCAUACUGUGACAUAGUGUUUGUUGCA